UGUACCGUUUCUCAAGACGACUCAGAAGUCGCUUCAACCGUCUUUGUUAGAAAUAAAUCCAUUGUUUUUUAGCCGGACUCUUUUCGCGGCUGAGAAAAUGUCUUAAUGCGCUCGUAAUCAAAGCGAAAUCGAGGGCAACAAUGCGAGACUGAUAGAUUAACAGAAAAGUAAAAUAGAUUCGAUUUACUUCGUGGACGGAUCACCAGACGAUCCUCGGGUUUUCCCAGUGCCGUCUCAACAUGAUCACGUGAUCGCUUACGACACGUGUACUGUUGAUAAAUUUUGCAGGCAGGCGCAGCUGGGUGAAGUUCACUCAAUGUUAUCGGCAUCGGAAGACUACUCCAUAAUCCGCUGAAAGUUUCGCCGGGUAUAAGUUGCCUAGUUUUGUUUGCCGGCCGGUGAAGAGAAUAUUUGGCUUUACAUCAAAAUGGAGAGAAUUCGAAACGGUGGACCGAAAGCAAAUGGCUUUGCGACGGGGAAAAAGCUAAAUGGAGUUGAUCAACUGGCGUGGCACAAAAUUUCUUACAAAGCAUUGUUCGGCCUUCUCUUUGUCACCCCGGCCCUGGUACAGUAUAGUUUGGGUUUGCCUUAUUGGUGCUAUCCACUAACCUUCGCCGUCUUGUUUCUGCCAGUAUUUGGUGUCUUCAUGGUGGCAUUCAACCGAAUGUGUGUCGCUGAAAGCGGUACGAAAUCAACGAAUGUCAAACGGUUCAUUGAAUUCACAGACCAGGUUCUCGCUUCAAAAUACGCCAAUCGAAAAAUACCAAUGAUAGUCCUUUACGAGGCUUACGCUGAUGGCAAGCUAGACUUCAAAUGUGAUGUGCUAGAAGCUUUAGAAAACCGUCACCAAUUCUGUACCUACGAACUGACAUUUGAACAUAUCAAGUUUUUGCUCUGUAAUUUUAUUCCUGAAGUGAUUUUUCAUUCAAGGAAUCAAGACGCCGAACAAGUUUGUGAUCACUACGACCGUGGCAAUGACUUUUAUCACGGAUUUCUUGGCCCCAUGAUGAUUUACACAUCAGGAAUAUGUAGAGAUGAAACGGAAAAUCUCGAAGAUAUGCAGGUGAACAAGCUGAAGAGCGUGUGCGAAAAGUGUCAGUUGAAAGAAGGCGAGCGGCAUUUAGACAUCGGCUGUGGGUGGGGUACCCUGGUCAAUUAUGCAGCAGAAAAUCACGGAACCUACUCAACUGGCGUUACUAUAGCCAAUCGUCAAGUAGAGUGGGCUGAGGGAGUAGCAGAAGAGAAGAAGCUUGGUAGCCGCAGUAAAUUUCUCUGCCUAGACUACCGUGAUAUACCAAACGUGAAAUUCAACAAAAUCACAUGUCUGGAAAUGGCAGAGCAUGUUGGUGUGAGGAAAUUUCAAUCAUUCCUGGCCCAGGUUCGUGACAUGCUGGAGGAUGAUGGCAUCUUCUUCCUUCAAAUUGCUGGGUUGCGUCGAACCUGGCAGUGGGAAGAUUUCAUUUGGGGUCUGUUUAUGGCAAAAUAUAUCUUCCCAGGUGCAGAUGCAAGCUGUCCAUUGGGUUGGGUUGUCACUCAACUGGAGAAGGCUGGCUUUGAAGUCCAUUCUUCAGAAACCAUUGGGGUACACUACUCGCUGACAAUCAAUCACUGGUACGAUAAUUGGAUGAAGCCCCAAACCCAAGCUGCCAUGACAGAAAAGUAUGGCAGAAUUGUACGAAUCUGGAAUAUUUUCCUGGCAUGGUCAACCAUAAUAGCUCGUCAAGGCAAUUCAACUUGCACUCAGCUGGUAUGCCAUAAAAAUCUAAAUGUGUAUGAUCGCUUGAAAUUGUUCAAGGUGAAAUCUAAGUGAGUACUUUUUAUUCUAGCAUGAAACAAAUCUAGGUGUCUUGUGAAAGAGUCUUGAAUCGUGAUCUAGAAUAUUAAUGUUUGUUAACCUUUGUGACAACUACACAGUUGUCAUGGGGAAUUUUAUCAGCUCAACUACAUUGUGACUUAAAUUUGAAGGGACAAGUUAUUAUUUACAUGAUGAAAAAUGUGUCAAGAUGUACUUGUUAUUAAGUCUCAUCUGCAGUUUAAGCAUAAUUCCAUCAUAACUAAAAAUAAUUUGACACUUUUCUUUUUUAUUUACACCGAUCAUAAUGAUUUGAGUUUUGUUUCUUUACCUCAUUUGAAUUUAUGUUGAACAUCAGUAAUUUUUGGCCAGUUGAACUGGCCAAUGGAAGGAUUUUUUGGAAAAUUAAAAGCAAGUUCUCUGACUGACUUGAGAAUUUUAUUUUACCUAGUCAGAAAUGUGUUUCCACUUUCAUUAGUAUCAAAUUUGAUUUCCUUCAUGUUACAUAUUUAACAAUAUUAGUCCAUUUAGAUUGACAGUUGUCAGAUAGAAUUUUUGAGAAAUGGAAAUUUAACUGGCUCAAACAUCCACAAAGCAUAUAUCUUUCCCUGAGAACUGUUAAAUAUAUGAACAUGUUUGAUGAAAAAACUUGUAAGCUGCUGCAAAACGCUCUCUCUGAUUCUAUUUCUUGAUUAGUUGUGUGAUAGUAACUACACAGUGAAAAGAAAAUAGAGAGUUUUGAAUUUACACAUGAGUAAGCAAAGAGGAAAAUUUACAUUUCAUUACUAAUGGGAAUACAGCUUUUUUUUUUCCUUUCUGCACUGUAAGAUUUACUUUUGAUGAAGAAAUGGGAGGUGGUCAGAUAGAACAGCUGUUUUAUAUAGCAGCAUAACUAUGAUUGAACAACAUCUGUCUAGCUCAUUAGUCACUUACAAUGUUUUGUGAAUAGCUAACCACAUCAAUGACUAUGAGUUAGUCAUUGCCUCAAAAAGUUAAGAAUUUGUUGAGCAAGAAUGGUUUCUAGCGUGAUAUUCUAAGCACAUAUUUUGUGAGAAAUGCCAUGAUAUUUAUUUUAAAACACAGAGGAAUUUCUUUGGAUUGUGUGACUGAAAUUGUAUUUAUGACCACUCCCUUAUUUAAUGGAAUAUAAAAUUAAGUAUACACAAGUGGAUUUGAAUGAAGAUUCUAAAUAAGGGUUUCUGUUCACAUCAGCCAUUUUCAUAUAUCCUAUCAUGGAGAGAUUUUACUUCCUUUAUCAAGUUCAAUGCCUUUGUAGGUAGACUUUUUAUGAUUUCAAUUUUUCUUUCCUCUCUCUUUCACUCCUCUAUUUGUUGAUGUUGUCGUUUUAAAUCAGAAUUUCAAGCUUGCACAGUAUAAAAUGAUUAAAAUAAUUUUCCUUAUCUGUUGUUUUUCAAGCUAUGAACUUAAGACUGUAAGCUACAUUCUACUGAAAAGAAGAUUAUUGUUAUGGUUAAAUUAAAGCAAACCAAUGCCCACCGAUUAAAGUUAUAAAUUGCUUGCUAAUGUAUAGAACAACAUGGAUCGGUGAUUCCCUCAAGGACUAAAUCAAAAUGAUUCCCAUAAUUUUGCUUGAGACUAUUCCUCCGAAAUGGUCUCAAGUCAAUAUAUAUUAGAUUAAUGACAAAUUUGUUCUCUUUUAAGUAAUUUUCUGCUAUCCUUAUUGCAAUCAGUGUUGAUGUAAAAAAUUUAUUUAUUUAAAUCAUCAUCAGUAAAAAUAAUAUUUAUUGGUAAAGUAACUAACAGUAAUUGAAAGUUAGGGAUGAAAGCAUACUUGUAGCAGGUUUAAUUCUGGCGAAAUUUCCUUGAAGAGGAGCAUUUUGGCCCAACUAGAUAAAUUUUUCUUUAAAUAUGAAUUCUUAAAUGUUUUGUUCAGUCUUUCAUUUUGUAUUUACAUUGUGGGGCUGAAAUUUGUUCUGUCAGUUCCUAUACUUGCUUUUGCAGUAUCAAUUGAUUGUUGAUAUUAAAACAGCAAUAAUUUUUUUUCAUGUGAGCUCAACACAGGGAAUUUCCCUAGUGGCAUUUGCUUAGCAUUUAGAAUGAUUGGUCUGUAACUACAUGCUCUCUCUACCAGUUUAAAGAUUUAAGAUUUGAAGUACAUUUUAAUAUCAUUGUUCACAAGCCAGUGUUAUUGUAUAUCUUUAAUUUCUCUGUUUUCAUUUGUGGGUAUGUUAUGGAGUGAUGAAAGUGUGAUUGUUGCUAAGAGAAUGAUACUGAAAUUUGUUUCAUUGGAGGACUUAAAUAAGAAAAUUUGGAGUGCAGUUUUUAAAUGAUCCUGUGCCUUGACUUGAUAACUAAGUAAAGGUGACUUUUCUUUGUGUCUGCAUAUCUUGCUGCAAAAAACUUAGAUUUUUUUAGAAAUCCUAAUGAAAAAUUUACAUACAAAAAUUGAGCAUUUACAAUCAUUGCUUGAAAAGCAUAUGGUAGAACCUCAGUCGACAAUUUGAACUGCAGAUGAAAAUUAAUACAGUUCACAGUACUAGGGAAUUUGUUGAGUUGAUUGACUGCAAAAUGCACGUCAAGGGAGAAUCCAUUCAAGUUAUUGAGGUUCCACCACAUGUAGAGGUGAUAACUAUCAUAGUAUUCUGAGUGCUUACUUGCACUUAUUGUAAGGAAGAGCAGUUUUCUUGGCUGUGCCAAGUUGUAAAAUAUUGCUCAUGAAAAGUAUGGCUGUGGGCUAAAACUAGCAUAACUUAGUUGUAGUCAUGAUACAAAAGUGUGGCAAAAAAUACUAACAGCUGGGCUAAAAGAAAGUAUUCUUGCUGGCAAGAAUAUCUCCUGUGUUUUUUCCAACACCUUUGUAUCUUGGAUUUUUGUCAACUGAAUCAACAAUACCAUAGUGUUACUGGCAGUAAAACUCUUACUGUACAGGACAAUGUGCCAUGCAUGUGAAUUGAAAUUCAUUUAUUUUUAUUAUUAAUAGUGGUAUGUGACUUACUUAUGAUGCCUAUACUUGAUGCUAGAUUAUAUUUCUGUUAUGUUAUCAGUAAUGUUACAGUUCUUACAUAAUGCUAUAUUUUUAUGUAAAGCGGAUUAUUGCAUGUUGCUUGGGAUAUUUUUCACAAAGACCAGAUUUGGUCUUCAGACGCAGGCUUUUUGUACUUUUUAAGUUUCUCAUGAAAGAUUUUCAGUUCAGUAAAAGUAAUUUUAAUUUCAAAGAACUGUCGUUCAAGAUUCCAUACUAGUCUUUCCUUUUCUGGGUGUAACAGUGAAAUUUUUCAAAUAUUUCAGUGCUUUGGUAUGGCAAAAAUACCAUAUUAAGGAGAGACUGUAAUUAGUAAAUGGUAUUUAUAUGAUGGAACUGAUUCUAUUCCAAAAGGAGAUUCAGCUGUAUUUAUCCUGAGGGUUGUCAAAAAGAUUUUGAGCAACUGGACUACUUCCUAAAGUAGGCAGCAUUAGAGGUCAAAAGCUCCAGGCAAGGGCUAUGGGAACCACCAGCUUUUGGAAUAGCCAAUGUGUUUUUCAGAGCAGAUUGUAAAAUACACCAGUUGCCAGCUUCUUUUGACAACCCUGACUUUAGUUUGUUGUAGUAGAAAAAUUUCAGUGUAAUCUUUAUUGGAGGAUCUUGUUGAUAACUUUUUUUCAAUCGCAAUCAAGAACUGAAGAAAGCUUUCUGGUUAGAGCAAAUCGUUGAAAAGUUUUUGAAUGAGUGCUAGUCAAGUAAUGUGGUUCUAAAAACACCCAAGGGACUUGCAAGAAUUAUUUCACCAAUCACAAUGUAAAUUGACUCCUAGCAUUUUCCACAUCUCUAUCUAGUUUCAGUUAUUUUCGUAGCCAGAAAACUAUUUAUUUGGUACUCUAGGAAAAUGAUAACACAAAGUUUAAACCUCUGGUUCAAAUUUGGUAUUUAAAGUUAUGCUUUGCAAUCCUGGAGUCAACCACAGAGUUACAAAGGGUUUUGUUCUGUACAACUCUUUUAUUUACUGUAGUUUUUGUUAAACAUUUCAAUACCCAAAAUAUACUUAAUAUCUAUUUAUAAUGCAGGUCUUAAUUAAGGAUUAAUUUAAAUGAGGAUCAGGAAAGGGGGAUUUUGGUGGAAGUGAAAAUAAAUGUUUUAUUAAGGAAUCAAAUAAACUGAUAAUAUUAAUGACAUUAUUAAUUUUCUUGGUGCUUGUAAUUUUAUGUGUAGCAUCUUUAGAAACUUUAAUCUAAGUGUGCUUUAAUUUGGUUUGAAAUAAAUUUAUUGUGUGAAGCA